UCACAGAACAAACUGAGACACAUUCCGAUAUUAAACACAAAUUCAGCAGCAGGUGGAUUUGGGUUGAAGACAUUGUUUCAUAUUUUGAUUAUGGCGCUUUGGCUACGGAUGGGCUUCUGGCUUGCAAGCUUAUCACUGGCAGCGGUACAAGGGCGAGUGGAAAUAGAGCUAUCUCCAGAGUGCAGAGAAUUUCUCUACAUGGGAACACCACCAACAGGUCUGGAACACCACUCUGUUAAGUACAUAUGUCAGUUUUACCGCAAGAAGCCUCGCUAUGUGACUCUGUACAACAUGGAAGAUCACAUUCCUAUUUACUCUGCCUACAUCUUUAAACGCUCGGAUGGGGAGAACUGCAUUGAUGUUCCCUGGAUGUACGAGCCACAGCUGUCCACUCUUACAGAAACAGAAGAGAUGCAGCCCUUUCCUCAUGGUUACAUGCACAUGAACUUUGAAGACGCUCAAGCGAUUCUCGACGACUACACCAACGCAAUACUCUACGAGCGAGGGACCCUGAACCCAGACGAGCAUCAGAACGAGCUCGAAGACAAGGCCUCCACUUACACCCUCACCAACGUCGUCCCCAUGGUGCCCGACUUCAGCAACAGAAUCUGGAACAGACAGGAGCACAUCAUCCGCAAACGGCUGAACAACUACUGCCGCGGGAAGGCCUUUAUUGUGACCGGGAUAACCACGUCAGGGAAGAUGAUCCGUAGAGAAAACAUGAACCGGAUCGCCGUGCCCACCUACCUGUGGUCGGCUUACUGCUGCGCCGACUACGACCACAACACCCCUUUUACAGAGCGCUUUAAGUUCCCGUCUUUUGCUCAUUAUGCCCUGAAUGAUGAUGAGAAUAACGAAGUUGUGGAGCUCACCGUCCCUAAGCUGAAGGAGUUCCUCAAGAAGACAAUGUUUGUGAAUCAGAACUUUCAAAUUUUUCUAGGGGACUGCAACCCUAUAUCAUCCGGGAAAGCUGACUAAGAAAAGUAUUUUAGUUAAAUUGUGAGUUUAAAGAAAAAUAAAGUUACUACUAAUAAUAAUUUCACUCUAUGAAAAAUAUACAAUAAAAGCUUUUUAACCAACAAUAUAAGCAGAAUUUUAUCAUAGCAUAUUUUUUUGUGGCUUGUUAACACAUGUGACAGUGAUUACAGAACUUUAUUUUCUAUAUAAGAUUUCUUAUAGUGUCAUAUAAGGAAAAAAAAGAAAGUUACAGACAAGAUGAUGUUCAGAACAAGAACCCAGAUUGAAAUACUACCAUAAUAAAAAUCAGUUAGGGUUGUUGUUAGCUGUUCUCAUAUCACACCUAAAUGAAAUAAAUGGCUCAUUGCCAGGCCUCUGUGGAGCUGACUGACCUGCUGAUGAGGGAGUUUAAAUAAUCAAGGACUAGGACUAGGCUUGGGCAUCAAUUACUGAAACAACCUCAACAUUUUAACAUAAAACAUUGCAUGAAGUUGAAAUAUGAUUAUUACAUGACAUAUUUACAGCUUAUCAAUUAGUAGAAUGGGACCUGUGUGAAAAGCCUUAAAAGGAGGUAUGUAAUCAUCCACCACAAGAACCAUAAACUCUCUAAGUUAUCUGUCAGGAACAUUAUUUUAUCUUACAAAAACCUUCUGAAUGAAUCCUCUGAUUAUAUAUAAAUAAAAUGUUGUAUCAAGCUGUCUUUGGUAAUUUUUUUAAGCCUAAUUUAAUAUUAGAAGUGUCAGGUAGGGCAUGAACAUCAUUUUCUAGAUCAGGGAACUGCUUGUAAAUGAAUGAAUAGGAAUGACAGGAAUGGUAUGGAGUUUCAGCAGCUGAUUAAGAGAUGCUGACAAAGGUAUUA